AUGAGAAAAAGAGGAAAUAUAAAAAUUUUCGAACUGGAAGAAAUAAUUUUUAUUUUGCUAAAUUGCUUAGAUCAAGACAAGAAAUUGAACAAAGAAGUUGUGAACACUCUUAAGACUUAUAUUACUUAUCAUGAAUGUGAAAUUUUAAAUUAUGUAUUUUCAUUUUUACAAAUCCAAAAAGUUAGUCAUGAAAAUCAGAAAUAUUUGUUAUACUUAAUAUACGACAUUAUCUAUUAUAGUGUCUAUAAUAACUUUAGCAAUAUAUUUGAUGAAUACUUUGAGAAUGAAAAAAAGGAAGAUGAUAGCAAAAAAAAUGAAUAUAAAAAAGAUAAUGAAAAUAAAAAUGAAAAUGUAAAAAGAAGCAAAAAUGAGAACAACAAACAGGGAAGAGUAUCCAUGGAGAAUAAUAUUAACGAUUAUAUUAUAGAUAUAAAUAUAUUUAAUAACAUUAUAAAAUACACAUUUUUUGAUGGAGACGAAUAUUGUUUUAUAUACAACAAUGAGUUUGGGAACAAUAAUAAUGGCCAUGAUAAUAAUUAUGAACCUAUGAAAUUGAAAGACAAAAUGAUUAAUGAAAAUAGUAGCAAUUAUAGCGUUCGAAAUAUCCGUAAUAUGGAUUCGUUAAACUUUUGUGAUAAUACAAAUAGUUUGAACCUUUUUACACAUAAUAAAAUAUCCUUUUUGAAAUGUGUAAAAAAGGAAAUAUAUAAAAUACUUUUAGUUAAUAAAAAAAAAUUAGCUAGCGAUAAGCUAGUUAUGUGUUGUACCGAUAAUAUAUAUAAUAAACAUAAUAUAAAAAACUCCGAAAUAAAUAACAUUAUUAAAAAUAUAAUUAAUUUUAUACUUAACGAAAUGAUAUUUAUAAAAAAGAAUGACGAAAGACAUGCCAUAAUGACCAAGUUAUUAAUUCUAUGCAUAAUGAAAGAAGAUUAUUAUUUAAAAAAAAAAAUAAUCGAAAAAAUUAAUUACUAUAUUUUGCCAAAUAAAACUGAAACUAUUGAAGAUGAUAAAGAUAACGAUAAUGAUAAUAACAAUAGCCUUAGUAACACACCAAAAAAAAAAAAUAAUAAUGAUAAUAAUAAUAAUAAUAAUAAUAAUAAUAAUUGUAGAAUUAAUUCCAAUGUAUAUAUAUAUCUAGAUUUAUAUAUAGACAUAUUUAUGCAAGUACCUCACCUUUCUAAAAAUGUUCUUAUUGAUAUAUUUAAAAUUAUAGCACAUUUAAUCCACAAUAAUAGUGAUAAUACUACUAAUAAUAUCAGCAAUAGUAGUAAUAACAAUAAAAAACAUAUAGAUAUGAUGUAUAAAAUAUUUUUAAAAAUAUUUUACAAUCUUCAUUUUCCUUCCAUUUUAUAUAAUAUAAUUAAUAUGGACGAAAAAUAUAAAAAUCAGAAUUUUAUAAUAUUUCCAAAUAAAAACAAUGCAAAUGUAUAUAUUGAAAAUAAUGUAAUACAUUUGUCACUUGAAAAUACAAGUGAAGAUACUUGUACAACAUAUACAAGAAAUUCUUCUGUGAAUUCAAGGGCAUGCAAGCAAGUUAGUAGCAGUUAUAUUUUUAACGAUAACUUAAAUUACAAUCAAUUAUAUCAAGGAAAUAUGAAAAAUAAGGAUAAUAAUAUUAAUAAAAUGAUUAGCAAUAAGGUUAGUGAUGAGGACGUGGUUGUUAAAAAUAAUGGAGAAUGUAUUGUGAAUUCAAUUGACAUUGAAACAGAAAAAGAAGAAAGUAAAACAAAAAAAAAAAAAAAAAUAAAUGAACACUCUUCCUCAAAAGGGUCAGAAAACGAGAAUAAUAUUUUAGCAUAUUCCAAAGAAAAUAAUAAGUUGAUGUGUCAAAAUAAUAGUGAAACUUUGGAUAAACAUGUUAGUAGUCUAAACAGUGAAUCGCUAAAUGAAUUGGACAAUGGAUUAAAUAAAUUUAGCGAAUUGAAGAAUGAUGAAAAUGAAAAUUCAUAUGAAAAAAAAAAUAUGUAUGAAAAUUGUGAUGCAAUACAAAAUUGUAAAAUCAUGAGAGGGAUUAAAAGGAAUGGAUCAUCAAUUUCUCCGAGUAAAUAUAGUGAAAUAAUAAAAUCAGAAAAGAAAGAUAUACAUGAUGUAUGCAUAAAAAUAUUAAAUAUAUAUUUAAAUAUAAUUUUGGAUAUAAAAUAUAAUAAUGAAAAUUAUACAAGAAUACUUUAUAUUAUAUCAAAAUUAUGUUUAUAUAUAAAUAAUGAUGAUUCUAUAAAAAAUGUCUUAGAAAUAUUUAUAUUUUAUUUCUUUUCAUUUUUCAACGCUACUAUUAAUAAUAUAUUAAUACAUGAUAUUUCGAGUAUAUAUAAUAAUGAUUCAAAAAUACAUAUAAAUUAUAUAGCAUUGAAAGAGUUACCGAAUUUUAAUAUAAUAAAAAGUUUUAGAAUAAUUUUACAACAUUCUUUAUCAAAAAUAGAACAUAUAGUAAUGUUUACUAAUCAAAUAUUAACACUAAAUUAUUAUUUUUUAUAUAUAUUAAUUAAUCAGAAUUAUUCUAUUAACAAUCCAGGUGAUAUUAUUAAAAAAAUAACAUCGAAUUUAUAUAAGUGGACAUAUAUAGAAAUUGUUGAAAUUUUUAAUAUCUUUAUAUCAUGUAUUUAUACGAAUAAUUCUGUCUUUAAUUUUUUGAAUGAAAAAUUAAAAUUGGACAAUAAAAUAGAUAUAAUAGCUUCCUUACUUAUAUUGAAACAAUACAUCAUAUUAAUAUCAAGCGAUUUGAGUAAUCAUAAUAUAAGUUAUAUUUCGAAUCAGAAUAUAAAAAAGGAAUACGAUGUAUACAAUGGGGAUCAAGAUGCUUGGAAAUCUAACGAUUGUUAUCACAAGGAGUAUAGAAAAUGUUUUACAAAUUUAAAUAGCUUUAUAAGUGAUAUACAAAAUAUUAAUACAAAUAUAGAAAUUAUUAUUCAAAUAAUUUCAACAGUAUGUGAAAGAUUUAAUAAAGAUUUAAACAUUGUAUAUUUGGUGCUUGAAAUUAGCUUACUUUUGUCAUAUAAUGAAUAUUUCAAUUAUUAUUCAUAUAACCCUAAUGUGAUAUUUGGUUUGCUCCCAAAUAUUUAUAGUCCUUUAACUGUUAUGCGUAUUAAAAAUAAGAAAAAACAAAAGUUAAUUAUUGACCAAAUAAAAUCAAAAUCUGUUUUCCAAAUCAAGCAAAAUGCCAUUUCAAACAGUGAAAACUGUACCUUGAAUAAUAUAAAUUUUGAUAUAAACACAAAAAAUGAUGAGAACAAUAUUUACAAUGAAUUUUAUAAACAAAAGAAAGAUAAUAUAGAUGAAAAUACCGAACAAAAUGAAAAGAUUGGUGAACAUAUCGAGGAAAACAAAAAUAAUAAAGAAGAAAACAGUGUAAACGAAAUAAAAACAUGGGCUGUUGUACCAAACAAAUAUAUAAUCAAUAUAUUUCAGCUCUUUAUAAAUAUAUUGUUAAACGAAGAAGAAUGUUCUAAAAUGAAGAAUAGAAAAUAUGGGUACUCAGUUGAUAAGGGUGAUAUAAUAUAUAUGAAUCAAAAUGAAAGUAACAAUACUAGUAACAAAUUUUAUAAAAGUGAUAAUACUGUUGAUAAUAAUUGUCUAACAAAAAUAAAUAUCAUUGCACAUAAUCAAAUGUUUUAUGAUAUGUACGAUCACUUUUUUAUUUAUAUGCACCCAUCAGUAACUUAUAUAAAAAGACUAAUUUCAGAGGCCUUUCAAUAUAACUUUUCUAUAUAUUCAGCACGGGUUUUAUAUCCAUUAUUAUUUGAAUAUUUAAUGAAUAUAAAAAUAAAUUAUAAAAUAGUAAUUAUACUUUUAAAAUGUUUAAACAUUAUAUGCAUAUCGUUAUAUAAUUAUAUGAGUAUACAAAAUUUAAGGAUCCAUUCAAAUUUUCAUUUUAAUUUUUUAAUUUUACCAAAUAUGAGCCAAAUUAUGUCAAUUCUAUUUAUGUAUUGCUAUCACGAAAAUUAUGUUAUAUCGUUCUUAAGUUUACAAUUAAUUUCGAUUUUAAGAAUUUUUACACAAAAUACAAGUAUUAAGAAUGUUCAAUCACUUACCUAUUUUGAUUUAAUGCUAAAUAUUUUAAAGUGGUGUUUCAAAAUAAAAGACAAAGACAAUAUCAGGAAAUUCGAUAGUAUAUUUUCUGAAGAAAAAUACAACAGUAAUAUAUCGAAGGAGAUAAAUAAAAGUGGAGAUAAUAAGACCAUUCAAAAGACAGAGAAAAAAAGGAAGUACUACAAAAGGUUGAUAAAAUUAUGCUAUAUAAAAAUAGCAAAGAUUAUAAGUAAGAAACUUUUAAAUACAUACCUUAAAUCGUAUUCUUUAAAAUAUGUUAAAAAAGGUACAAACAGAAAGAUAAACAGAAUAAUAUCCACAUAUUUUAAUUUAGAUGUGGAACAGAUUGAAAAUCUUAUACAAAUAUAUGAUAUUGAUUAUAACAAUAAUGUACCAAAUAUGAGUACGUCGAAUUUGAUGAAUGUUAAUGCUGAAGUAAAGGAAAAUAUUAACAUAAUUUUAUUCGAAAAUUUUGAGUAUAUAAAUAAAAAUAUACACAAAAUUAUGAAACUAAGUAGUAAGCUUUUUAAUAAUUAUGUAAAACUAGAAAUAAAUAGUAUUUUUAAUCCUCAAACGUAUAUAAUAACAUUUUUUUGCAUAUUAAUAGAACAGUUAAAAAUAGUUCAGAAUAAUUUAGAGUUUGAAAAUAAUAUUUUGUUUUAUAUUAGCACAUUAAAUAUGCUAUGUAUAAUUUCAAAAUAUUUGCCAAAAAAUUAUACAAACAUAUUGAUAACAAUUUUUUUCAAACUAAAUCCAGAUGUCUCAAUAAAUGAAGAUGAAAAUUUUCUUUUAUCACUGUAUUAUAAUUUUUCUUAUAUUUAUAAAACACAUAUUUUUAAUUUGUAUAAAGAAAAAUGCACAACUUUACAUACCAAAAAUUGUAUUGAGUCUAUACAUUUAAUAAGAAAGGAUAUUAAUAGUAUGAAUUUAAAAAAAUCUAGUGAUAACCAAAUUGAUUUUAAUAAUUUUAUGCUUUUAUCAAAUACAUAUAAUAGUGACAUAUCUAAACAAAAAAAUAUUGAAAGUGUUCUAAACUUUAUUUACAAAUAUAUAAAGGUUUAUAACAGUAAUAUUAAGAGUGCUUUUGAUUAUUUUAUAGAAGAGAAACAGAAAAAUCAGAUGAAUAAUGUUAACAAAAGAAAACCCAGUUUGCUAUAUGAGCUUAAAAAUACGUUAGAUAAAAAAAAUCAGGUAAUAGAAAAAUUAGUAGACUUAUUAGAAAGUAAAUUAGGAAUGUAUAUUGUUCAAAAAGAUAUAAAUUAUUCUAUAGGAAAUAUAUUUAAACAAGAGAUAAUGUCAUAUUAUGUUGAAAGUGUAGUGAACAAAAAAAAUGUUGUAUGGACGUUAUAUUUAUUAAAUAAUAUAUAUUAUUCCGACAUUGCUAAUAAAAAAGGUAGUGCAUUUUCCUUAUUCGGAAAAUCAGCAAAUGUUAUACAUUCUGAAAAUAUACGUAAUACAUUAAUUUUAAGUAUGGGAGUGUGUCUUGAAAAAAUAACAAAAACUAUAAAAUUUGAAGAUUUAUAUAAAAUGAAUCAAAUAUAUGUGAAUAAUGAAAUAUUUGCUAUUUAUGUCAAAUGUGUAUAUAAUAACAUAUCAAAAUAUAGUUGCCAUUUUAAAAAUCAUUUUUUCAAUAAAAAGGAGCAAUCCCAAAUAAAUUAUGGUGCAAUUGAAAAGGACAUAAUUCAAAAUAGACAAAAAUAUGUAGAGAAAAUGUUUAAAGACGAAAUUAAUCAACAUAUAAAAAAUAAAAAUGAGUUAUUUGCAUUUCUUAGCAAAGAAGAAAAUGCCACUUAUUUGAACGAUUCUACCAAAUUAAAUUUCAAGGAUGUUAUCCAAAAAUAUGCUUGUAAUGAAAAUUAUUCUUUUUUCAUAUUCCAACUUUUAGUGGAUCCAAUUAUAAUUGCUCUUUAUCAAGAAAAGGAGCCAUGUUUGCAAAAGACAUUGAUAAAAUCAUUGAAAAAAAUAGCUAAACAGUUGAAAAAAAUUAAAUGCAUCAACAAUUUCAAGGAAAACUAUAAUAGCCAGGAGGAUAAUAGCCUCGAAGGGGAAGAAGAAAAUGAAAGUAUAUCAGAUUUGAAAAAGGAAAAAAAAACAGAGUUUGCUGAUUUAUCUCAAAAAAUGAAUAGAAUACAGGAUAAAUAUAAUUAUAUUUCAUUUUUGGAUACAAAAAAUAAGGAAUGUAUAGUUGAUGAUAUAUGUGAAAGUUAUAUAAAAGAUAAUAGCAUAAAUAGUGAUAAAUUUUAUUCGUGUCUUUACUUAUAUAAAUUUAUUAUAAUAUAUUCUUCAUUAUGUUGUAUAUCAAAUAUUUCUAACAGUCCCAUUCCAAUAUCUGGAGAUAUAAACAUUUAUAAUGUGGAUAAAUUCGUCGUAUUUUUUAAAAACAGCAAUGAUAAUAAUAAGAAUAAUAGUGGAAAUACUUUUGAAUUUUCAGAUAAAAGUGAAUACUAUUUUAGAGAAGAAAUUAUUAAAAAUAAUAAAAGUGGAAGUCAAACGACCAAAAAUGAAGAUCUAAAUGAGAAAAAAAAUGAUUCUUUUUAUAUUAGAGAAAUAGAUAAAGUGAAUAAAAAAAUAGAACAAGAAUCAUUCGAUUAUACACCAUCUUUACAAACAAAUAAACAAAAUGAAGUACCUAGUGACAACAAAUUAUUUGAUCGAAACAUAAGCAAUGAUUCGUAUACAAUUCUUUUAAGCUCUCUGAAAACGAUUUAUUACUGUUUGUAUAUAAAACAGUAUCCUCUGAACAUGCAAACAAUACUCAUAAUUUUUGAUGUACUUGUAAAUUUAUUUUUAAAAAUUGUAUUGGAUCAAAAAGAUAAAAUUCACAACAAACUGAUGGAAAAUAAAAAUAAGGCAAAUAAAAGUGACGACGAUAAAAAGAUAGCUAAUGAAGGGAAAGCAAAUAAUUAUGGCAAACAAUUUGACACUGAUAAAAUAAAGAAUAAAGAAAUCAGUAAUCAAAUAAAUAAACAAAGAUCCAAAAAAUGGGAGGAAACAAAACGUAAAAAAAAAAGUGAUAAGAAUACGAUCAGUUUUAUUGAUGGCGCAUAUAGCAUUGAGAAAAAAAAUGUUCGUUCAAAAAACGUUGAAAGCGUAUCAAAUGCUGUUUAUGGUGAAGAAAUUUAUGAAAAUAUAAACAAAAAUAGAAAAAGAACAAUAAGUAAUGAUAAUAGCUAUACUAAGAAACCUUAUAUGAAUAGUUCAAAUAACACGAACCAUUCAAAGGAUACUGAAGAAAUCGAAAAAAAGACAUCAGAUGCACUUAUAGAUUCAUCUAUAAAUGAAGUAAAGGGUGAACAUAAAAUAAAUAAUAUAAAUGAACAAAUAAGUUAUCCUUUUUCAAAACGAAUUGUGGAGAAUAAUAUGAAUGGUUCGAUAGAUAUAUUCAAAGGGAAAUAUAGAAAUCCAAAUAGUUCUAUAAUAGUAUAUAAUAAUGAAUAUAUAAAAUGGAAUAAAUCAAAAGAAAAUAUACUAAUAAAUAAUCGAGUGCGAAAAUUGGAAAAAGAAAAAUGGAUUGGAAAAAAUAAUAAAAUAUUUUAUAAUUUUAGUAAAUAUGAAAAAGUAUCUUUGCUGUGUUUAAAUUACAUUAUUUGCAUUCUUGUUAAAACUGUUUCAAAUAUGAACUAUUUUCCCUUUAUAAUUAAACUAAUAAAAUAUAUGCACAAUACAUACAUAUCGACAAAUAUUGAUGAAGUUAAGUUUGUAGUGUUCAGAAUAAUAACAGAAAUAGUGAUAAAUUCCCCAUUUUUAUCUCAAAAAGGGAAAACUGAACCUGGAAAAAAUCAUAAAAUAAAAGUGGAAAAAGAAUCCAAUGGAUAUAAAAGUGAAGAAGUUAUGUUGGAUGAUUCAGAUACUAAGGAAUAUAGAGAAGAAAAUUACUUAUUAAGAGAUGAAGAAAAAAAAGAAAAAUAUAAUAAUGAGACUAGUAAUGACAAUAAUAAUAAAAAUACGGAGGGAAUUAAAAGUAUACUAUCUUAUAAUUCGUCUAAUUUUGAAAAAUAUAUUAACUUAGUUUUUUCUAAUAGUAAUAACAAUAUAAUACCGAAUGAUAAUUUACUCGAUUUAAAUAAUUCAGAUGAAAAAAGGGAAGAAAUAUUUUUAGAAACACAGCCAGAAAAUAUAAGAACAAAUCCAUCAGAUGAUGAUAAAAAUAAUCAGAACCAUUAUAGUCACAUAAGUGAAGAUAAUAAUAAAAAACAUGAAAAAGAUAAAUUAAAUGAAACUACAAAAGAUAAAGAUACAUUAGAUAGUUGUGAAGGUGAUAUUUUUGACAUAAUUCCUGAAGUUGUAAAACAGGAUAUAAUAUUAGAUAGCAUUAAUAAUAACUCUCAUAAAGGUGAGAAAACAAACUUGGAUAAGUUAGAAAAUAUUAAUUUGAAAAAAGAUGAAAAGAAAAAAUAUAAAUAUGGACAACCAAAUGGAAGAAAUAACCAAAAAAUAUAUUUAUGUGAGUGUUUGGCCUUGCUAAUCCCGUAUAUAAAAGAUAAUGAACAUAUAAUUCGAUAUUUUAGUAUUUAUUCUAUUUGUAUAUUAAUAGGAAAAUUAAAAGGGUUUAAAAUUGUGAAUAAAAAUCAUUUUAUUUAUUUUUUUUUAAACCCAUUGGAUAUCAUUAUAAAUAUGUUAUAUAAAUUGGAUAUGGUUAGUAACAGAAGAAAAGGAAAGAAAUUCACUAGCAUAGAAAAAAAGAAAACCUAUAUCAAGGGUAAAAUUAUAAAAAAAAAAACAAAGACAAAUUUAAGUAUAUCCUUCGAAAGGAUCAUUGAUAAAAAUAAAAACUAUCUAGAUGACAAUACAAAUUACGACAAGGAUGGAAAGUAUAAUUAUGAACAAGAAAUAAAAGGUUCAAAAAUGUUAAAUAUCGAAAAUAUAAAUGAAAAAUGUUUCGACAGUGACAACAAAAUUAAUGAAGACUCUAAAAAUAUGUACUAUAAUGAAAAGCUUAUCAAAAGAUGUGCUAUAGGUGAACAAUCUAAUAAAAAUUUGAAUACUAUGUCUGAUAAAUUAUUGAAAUUAUGUAAAAAUAAAAAAUAUGAUUACAAAAAAAUAAACAAUUUAUAUAACAUUGAAUUUUACAACAAUUUUUGUAAGUCUAUCGAAAAGAAAAUGGAAGAAAUAUAUAACGAGAAAUACCAAACAAAUAUUACCAAGAAAUUAAGAAAAAUAUUUGUAGAUAAUAAAAGAAACGAAUUAGACAUAAUUAAAAAUUACAAAAAAAUUCCUAACAUAAUUAACUAUAUAAUAAAUGAAUAUUUUACAGAAAAAGAGAAGAAAUCAUAUAUAAAUUCCCUUUUCAGUUGUAUUCAUAAUAAAAAUAAAAACGUAUCAAUUUACGGAAUAAAUUUGCUCAUGUAUAAUAUAUCGAAUAAGAAAAUUGACAAAAAUAGUAUUGAAACAGUUAUGAAUAGAAUAUUCAGUGAGUUGUAUUAUUAUACUAAGGAAAAUGUAUUAAUAAAUGUGAACAAGAAUAUAACAGGAAUAAAUAACGAUAUAAAAAAUAUAAAUGAAAAUGACAAUAAGAAUGACAACAAUUCCAAUAACCCGAAGGAACAUACUAGUGAAAAAAAAGAAUUAAAUGAGACGUUAGAGGUGUAUACAAAUAUAUGUUUGGAAAUAAAAAAGAAAGAGGAAAAAAAAAAUAUUUUAGAAAAAUAUUUAUAUAUAAUUUUAUUAAUGUGCAGAAAACAUUUUUAUGUUAUUAUAAAUAAAUUAUGCACAUUACAAUCGAAAUAUAAUUAUGAACAUAUAUAUUUUAUAUAUAUGAUAUGCAAUAAUGAAAUAUUAUUAUAUAAAACCUUAGAUUAUUUAUUUUAUAUUUUGAAUAAUUUGAAUAUACUUAAGCUUAAUAAUAAUCUAAGCAAUAUAUUGUCUCUACUAUUUCAUAUACUUAAAUUUAGAAAUAAAUUUAUAAAAAAAUAUUCACAGAAAUAUUAUGUUGAAUUAUUUUUAAUAGUCUUUUAUGUUCUCGGUGUUAAACAAUUAUCUCACAUAAACACUAGCCAAGAAAUUGAUAAAAGCGAACGAGUAGGAAAUAACAAAUAUAAUAGUAAUUUCAAUAGAAAUGGUAGUAUAAUUUAUAAUAAUUUGAAUAUAAAAUCAGUAUUUGAAAAUUUCAGUCUAGACAAAACGAAUGUCUUGGGCAAUUAUAUAAAAAUGGUGUCUUCUAGUGCUGAAAAUGAUAACAACUACGAUGAUGAUAAUAAUAAUGAAACAUUCGGAAAACAAAACUUUUACGAAAAUGAAAAGAAAUAUUAUAAUGCUAUUGGAAGUGAAACAAAUGAUGAUAAAGAUGCACGGGAAGGAAAUAAUGAGAAUAUUGAUUAUAUGAACAAGAUUGAAGGAAAGAUAUCUUCAGAAUAUAAUGAGGGUGACAAUAAUAAUGAUAUAGAACGAAUACAAAUAGGUACUCAAAAUAAUGAAUGUCCAAAAGACCCAAUUUUUGAAGAGAAACUAACUAGUUCUCAUUUUUUUAUAAAACGAAAUGGUGAAUUUAAAUUUACAAAUAUGAAAAAAAUAUCGAAAGAAGAGUACAAUAAAAAGAUAUACAAAAAUUAUACUUGUAGUAUAAGUGUAAAUAAUAGUUUGAAUUGUUUAAAUAUAAUAAAAGAAAUCUUAAAAUUAAAUAAAAAGAAAAAAAUAUUAAAUUAUUACAAAAAUAAUAAUCUCGAAAAAUUAUUAUAUUAUAAACAUUCGUUUGAAAGUGGAUUAAUAAAAUAUAUAUAUGUAUUUUUAAAAAAUAAUAAUGAUUGUUCAAAAACAUUUAAUUUUUUAAAUUUUUUCAUAAAAAGUAAUAAUAUAAAUUAUAUAAUAAUUUCCUUGAUCAUAUUAUCUCAGAUUCCUUUGUGUAUAUUUGCACUGAAGGAUAGAAGAGAUGUUAUUUCUGCCAAUACUUCAGAAAAUCCAUCGACAGUUAGCAACUUGACAACAAAUCUAAAAAUAAUAAAACCAAUGAUUUCAGUGUUGUAUUAUAUUAGCUGUAAAUAUAAAAACAGCUAUGUUACGAAAUAUUUGCACAUAUCGUUUAAGAACUUAUUUAUAAUAUUUAAAGACAUAAUUAAUUAUCAAAAAAAUAAUAACAUGGAAAUAUUCUCUCUAUGUAUAAACGAAAAAUAUGCUUUAAACAUAUUGAACUCUUUAUUUAUUAAUUUAUUCAAUAACGAUAAAAAUUGUAUUAAAAAUGCUUUAAAGGCUUUCAAAGAGGCGUGUAAGUAUGAAAGCAAAUGUUGGCCAUCAAAUGCCUGCGCUUCCUUUAUAAAUACCUUAUGUAAUCCGAAUAUUAUUUUUAUAUAUUUGAAUAGUAAUGAAACUAUGGAAAAAAUAUAUAUAUGCAAGAUAUUGUGUGAGGUUUUUAAAACAAUGCGUCGCGAAAAGGAAAAUAUAAUCAGAAAAAAAAAUGAACAGCAAACUUUUGUUGAAUUAAAAUCUCAUCAUAACUCUAUGUCCAAUUUAAAAAAAAAACACAUUUAUGAAAUUGCAACAUAUUUAAUGAUACAUUUAGUGGAUAAAAGAAAAAAAGUUUCCCUAAACGUUUGGUUAGCUCUAAAGGAAUUGAUAAAAUUUAAAUUCUCUGAUCAUGCAAAGCCUACUUUAAAUUAUUUUUAUUAUAAAAUGUUUGUAUCGGAUGAAGAAAAACAUGCUUUUGAGGAAAAUCAUAAAUCUACUAAAAAAAAAAGAAAAAAUAUGAAAAACAAAAAGAACCAAAAAAGGGAUCCUCCCAUCAAUAUAAAUAAUAAUACGAGUACAGAUACAUUUGUACAAAAACACCCCCAUAAUGUUGAUGAGCAAAUAAAGGAUAUGAAUAUGAUAUAUUAUGGCAAAAAAAAACACAUAUCUGGUCAUAAGACACAAAUAGGUGAUACUAUAAAUAAUCCGCCAUGUGAAAAUUUUUUAAAAAAAGAAAAAAGAAAUAAAAAACUGAGCAUAGGAAAACGAGCGUACAAUUACACCGACCCACCCAAUAUAAUAGUUGAGGAAGUAUAUCAAAGUGCCAAUUUAAAAAAUAAAAACUUAUUUGUUUAUAACACUGAUAAAGGUAACAAUACAAGUGAAAAAAAAAUGCCUAUAAAUAAUGAUAAAACAAAUAAAAUUGAGAAAAAUAAAACGAGAAAGAUAACAAAAAAACGAAUAUACAUCACUACAAGUAACAGUGAUCAUGAUGGGAUAAAUAAAAUGAAUAAACAAAUAGACAAUAGUGAAUCAGAAAAUACGUACAAUAAUAAAACCCAAAAAAUUAAUAUGUAUUAUUACAAAUUAUUCAUUGAAAUAUUUAUACCCCUUAUAAUAUGCAUAGAUACAAAAAUAUCACAUCGAAAAAAUAUGUUCAUAAGUAUAUAUAAAUACUUGACUGAUAAAAAAUAUGAAGAAAAUCAUGCUCAAAAUAAUUCAUUGUUUCAAAUUUGUGACCAUACUGAAUUAUAUAAUAUAUUUUUUAGUGAAAUAAAAUUAAGCCUAAAAAAUAUAAACAGCAUAUAUCGAGCUUAUAUAAUUUUACUAAAUAGUAGAAAAUGCUUUCAUAAAAAAUUAUGGAAUAUUAAUAUGCCCAUAAGUGAAGAUGUAAUGAAUAUGAUAAAGGAGUACAACUCAAAAAGCACCAAACAUCGAGCCGAGUAUGUAUUAUUUGGUGAUUUAAAAAAUUAUAUAUAUGCACAAAAAAUGAAAAGUGAACAAAAUGAUAAUAACAAAAAUGAAGACAGUGGAAAAAGUAAAAAUAUAGUAGUAGCUAAAGAUUUUACCACUUCUAUCACAAAUUCAAUAAUGAACACAUUUUCUGAAACCUUUAAUUAUUCAUAUGAUAGUUUUUUUGGGAACAAUGAUAAUUUAAGUAAAUCAAAUAGCGGAGAUAUUUCUAAAAAUAACAAAAAAAUAACAGAUAAUAAUCAGAGGGAACUCCAAAAUUAUUUAAGUCAAGGUGAAGAUAAUGCCUAUGAAUAUAAUAGUGAAAAGUCUGAAUCAAUUCAUAAUAACAAUAUAAUAAAUAAUGAAUCUAAAAACGAUGAACUACAUAAUUAUGAACAAACUGGAGACAGAGAAAAACAAAUAGAACAAAAGUCACAUACUUUAAAAAAUAGUGAGGAAAAACAAAAUUGUAACACAGAUGAAAAUUUAAAUUCCACAAAUAGAAAGAAGGAAACAAAUCAUAGUAAUAUUCGAAAUAGUUACAGUAGUGAACAAAAUAAUGGUAUCACUUUUGAAUCACAACUUAAGGGAAAUUUGAAAAAAUAUAUUACAUCCUUUAAUAAAAAUAUCGGAAACAGAGAAAAUUACUGUAUUUAUAUAUCUAGCAGUGAUGAAGAGGAUGAAAUAGAAAAAAAUAUCCCGGUAAACUCUGAGACUACAAAAAGAGAAAAUACUACAACAGUCGAUGAAGAUGAUUCUAAAAGAAAGGAACGAACACCAAUGAAAAAAAAAGAUGUUUUAAUAAGUUACUACGAAAAUCAGAACUAUUUAAAAAGGAAGUUUAACAAAUUGGAACAACUAAAUAAGCGUUAUAAUUUUAUUAAUCAAUUUAAAAAUAUACAAAGCUUAAAUAUAAAUGACAAUUUAUUGCACUGGAUAGAAAUAUUAAAAUUCUUAAAAGAAGAUCCUCCCCAAGUUAUAUUAUCAAAAGAUAAUAAAUUUGUUGAAAAUUUUGAUUUUUUUGAAUCAUCACUUAUUUGUUCUUUAACUGUUAUAAAAUUAGUGUCUUUAAAAUUAAAUAUUAGAAAGUUGUAUAAACUGGCUCGAAAUAGUAUGCUGAUUGAUUCGGAAACUUAUCAGAAAAAUACUGAGGAUGAAAAUACAUAUGAACAUAAAAUAAUGAAAGAAAUGUAUUAUAUGCACUUAUUAUAUAUAUCAACAAAACUAGAAGCUCUAUCAUCGACAAUUACUAAACAGUUAUCUACAUAUUUGCAAGGGGAUAAAACGGACCUACAUUUUCCUAUAAUUAAGUCAUUGUCAAUUCUUUCUAUUUUGAAACCGUAUUCCUAA